CAAAUUCUUUCCCUCCCUUUCGUCGCAUGCUUCACCACCAAGUCUUGUAGCUUCCUCUCCCCGCCCGAAAGCCAAGGAUCCAUCGCUCCAACUCCAAGCCUCUCAAUUCCAACUCCAUCGCAACAGCCUAUCGAGUCCCCGAACAGUCCUGCGCGCGUCCGCAAUGGCGGAGACGGCCGGCGCGGCUCCAGCACAGCAGCCCGCUAGAGUAGCUACGACGACGACGAACAGCGAUGUCUCCACGUGGGCGUGGCUGCAGCAGGUCCUCGCGCUGCUGUUCCCGUCCAGCCUCGCCGCGAAGGCCGCGCUGUUUGCGCUCGUGGUGGCGCUGCUGCCGCUGCUGCCGUCGGGGCAGGCGCCCAGGAUCUGGGAGCUGCCGCACCUCCUCCUGCUCGGCAUCAUCAUCUCCUACGGCGUCUUCGGCCAGAAGAACGCCGACGCCGAGGUGGCCACCGCUGCCUACGCCACGCCCGUCGACGUGGAGGCGUCGGUGGAGGCCUACGUCUCGCAGAUGAUGCAGGGCUCGCUUGUCUUCGACGAAAACGACGGCAACGAUGGCGCCAACAAGGAUGGCAGCGUCCAACAGCAGGCGUGGAGCUCUCGGUACCUUCCAGACGACCCGCUCGUGGUCGUCGCGGACACUUCAGCGCCAGGGACCAACAGCGGCAACGGCGACACCGACACGGGUGGGAAAGGGAAACCACUCCUGCUGCCGGUGAGGAAGCUCAAGCCAGCGGCGGCGGCACCAACAGGGGAUAUGAUGAGCGACGUCAGCGGCAUUGAGGACGAGGGGGAGGAGGAGGAAGAAGAAGAGUUACUCCUAGCUCCCAAAUCGGGAACGGGAUACGGCGUCGUGCGCGAGCACGCCUUCCCUUCGCCGUCCUCUGUCCUCGACGCCGACCUGACCCUCUCACCGUCCUCGCCGCCUCUGCUCCCGCCUCCUCCACCGCCGCCGCCGUUUCUCGGCCGCGGGCGAAGCGGCCUCCUGAAGGCCAAGGCGAGGAGCUUCAACGAGUUCGGGUUCGGGGUCCUUAGUAGCGACCGGAGCCCGAACGGAAGUUUGGGUUCGCACUCGCACAGCGCGGCGGGCAGCAGCAGGAAGUUCCGGCCCAGGUACGCGGUGCAAGCGACGAGGAGCAGCACCUUCGGCCGCUACGAUCCUGUAGUGCCCAUCCACGACGACGAAGCAGGCGACGAGACGUUGGGUGAGAUGGUUGCAACGUCGGACAGCUCGUUUAGCAGUGAUCUCGACGAUGACACCAUCAAGGAGGAAAACAGCUGCGAAGAUGAUGGGGUGAGUGAGGACGACGGCGUCAACUCGUGCAACGAGGAGCUCUUUGAGCUGGCGACGAGACCGGGACUGGAGGGGGAAACGGAGACGGAGGUGGAGGGCGAGGUGGACAGGAAGGCCGACGAGUUCAUAGCCAAGUUCAGGGAGCAGAUUAGGAUGCAGAAGGUCGAGCAGGCCAGGAGAUGACGACCGAACGCGUCCGAAAGUGUUUACAGGCAGCACGCUCACAAUCAGCCUCCCUCGUGUAUGAUAGCGUGUAAUUUCUUUCUUUUACGUUGGUUCUUUCUUUCAUUUUGGGUGUUGCAAUGCAAUUAUGGCAAAAAAAUAUUAUGUUUUUCAUGUAAUCGCUGUACAAUCAAAUUAUUAAAAGUCGUGAAGUUUUUUU